AUGUGCCCCCUCCAACGACGUAUCGACUUCCAUCCCACACCCCCAGUUUCUGGCCCAAACCUCCACCCGUCAAACAUCUCGCUCCCGCUGCCAGAUUUCACAUCCCGACCUGCUGUGGCCAUCGUCGACGCCCUCGACCGCUUCGACCGCUGCUCUAGCUCUCCCCCACCAUCCAUUGCCGCCCGUGCUCGUCCAGCGGUACGCGCGGUCGCGAUCUCUCCCGACGCGGCCGCUGCCUCGUGCCCGUUUGUCGCCUCACGACAGCUCCAGCGCCUUGGAGCUAGCAGUUUCUAA